UGUGUGAUACUAAUGCCGCAAAUAUCGAGAACAAAGCUCAGUGAACACUGAAUGUACUCGCGUCGCAUUUGUAUGCUUUACGUUGCGUUACAUUUUUCUAUCAUUUUUAUUCUUGUCAAAGAUGUCUGAACAAAUCGGAAAUAGAGUUUAUAAUUAUUUAAUUGGAUUUGAAAUUCAUAAUAUUAAUAAUAUUAAGUUACCUUCGUGUAGGGAUGUAUUGAAUCUCUUUAUGUACAAACAUCAAUCCUUAAAAUUAAGUAUACGAGCAAGUGCUAGUAGUGUGAUCAGUGAUACGAAUGCUAUUUGGGCUAAUCUUUUGAUUCCAACUUCUCGACCUCAGCACAGUAUUAAAAAAUUGGAAAAAAUUCACAGUGACUACAUGAAAGUGAAGAAUCAUCGAAGUCGUGCAAAGACAUCGAAAAGACAACGAACAAAUGUGGAACAGUUUAGCAAACGUCUUGAUAAAUUAUUUGACAUUGCAAAUUGUGCUGCACUAAAAAAUUUACCGAUAAAUUUGCAGCAAUUUUUGACAGAUUGUCGUAAAGGAAAUAGAAAUAUCCAUCUACCAGCAAUUGACGUUAUACCAGAAGAAACUUCUGGAAAUCUGUCUGCGAUGGAAGUAGAAACUCCCAAUAAUGAGGAAAUUGGAAUGAAAUUAUCCCAACAGUCGUCCAUAAAUAGUUUCUGUAGUUCCAUAUCAAAUUCCAGUGAAUUGAAGCGAACUUGUUCAGACUUUGAAGAUACAAUGCCAGCGCCUAAGAAAAAUAAAAUUGAUAUUCUGACUUCGGAAUUAGUAUUAGCACUAGAUAGAACUAAAACUAGUAACAGAAAUGCGAUGUGA